AUAAACAUAUAAUCGUUGAUAUGAUGACAUUUUUUCUUAGAGGAGAUGUUUAUUCAACAUUAAUUGUCCUUGCUUUCUAACAGUCAGAAAGUUUUCCGACCCGGGAAAAUCUUCAGGAAAGAGGCUACGGUCUAAGAGCAAUACAAGAACCUAGUCGUUGAUUUUUAUUUUCCUAUAACUGUUGCUCUUAUUGCACUUCUCUCAGAAAUCCCAGCCUGACUACUCUGAUGUAUACUCUAAAAGAGCAAACGCGAGUCAUCUGGACUGUACCAGUCAUAUCAGCGUGAGCUUCAUUAUCAGUGACUAGCCUUACAUGAUCGUUCCGUCCGUCUUCCUGGCUCGAGGACGCAGAAAGAGGAGGAGAUCGAAGAGCAGGGAGGGGUCAAAGCAGGGCAUCAAAAGCUAGACAUGCACGAACAGGAAAAGCUAAAAGAGGAGAGAGGGAGUAAGGGAAGGGCAGAGUUCUGCUACACAGAUGCGGAGAUUACAGCAGCUGAUAGAACUCUGGAGACGCUUGCUUUUCCAGUGUGGGCUGAACAAACGGUCGAGCCACAUAAACAGAUGUUGCAGAACCUAGAUGACCAAGGAGAAGAAGAGUCCCGACAGAACAGGUCAGAGGGAGCUGCUAAAAUGCCCAUGACUACAUAAGAAGAGCAAAAACGGACUGUCUACGUAGGAAUCAAUACUGCAGCAAGACUAGACUACAGCUUACAGGGAAAAUAAACAAAAAAGUGUUAACGAUGACGAGCUCCGCUACAAGUGCUGCAUAAUCGUGCUUGGCUGUGAACGCUGAAAACUUGGCUGAGUUGAUUGGUGUGCAGUGAGAAGUCUUUUGAAUUACUCAAGGGAAGGCAUUAGUUCUGUACAGCCCUCUCGUGCUUGUGUAUGCACGGCUGCAUGGCAGAACGAGCUGUCAGAAACGCGUGCUGUUUAAUGCAUGGACACACUGGGCCUCAUUGAUCAAGUCUGAAGAUGCGGGCGAUUGUGGGCAUCAUGUGUCUGUGCCAGUGUGUAGUCGGUCAGCUGUUGGAGGCCAAAGCGAAGACCACUUCACCGCGAUUUAUUUGCAGUGUCCCAGGUCUACCGGGUACGCCGGGGAAGCCGGGACCGCCCGGGCCUUCAGGGGCUGAAGGCCAUGUUGGAAUUCCGGGCAGAGACGGCAGGGACGGUCGGAAAGGCGAGAAAGGCGAGAAGGGGGAAACGGGAAUUAAAGGAAAAGUUGGACCAACUGGCAAAAUCGGCGAGCGUGGAGAAAGAGGUCCGACGGGUAAGCGAGGCCCAGAGGGCGAGAGCGGAGACCCGGGACAUACAGGACCCCAAGGACGGGCUGGACUGAGAGGAGCAAAGGGCCAAAGAGGCCCACGAGGAUUGCAAGGCAAGUGCCUCUGUGGUAGCCUGGUACCCAAGUCGGCCUUCUCCGUGGCCAUCACCAGCAGCUACCCGGCUGAGCAAGCGCCAAUCAAGUUCAACAAAGUCCUGUUCGACGAGGGCGGCCAUUACAACCCUCAGACAGGCAAAUUCAUAUGCGCAUACCCCGGAAUCUAUUACUUCUCCUACGACAUCACGCUGGCCAAUAAGCACUUAGCCAUCGGCCUGGUGCAGAACGGGAUUUAUCGCAUUAAGACGUAUGAUGCCAACACGGGGAAUCACGACGUCGCUUCUGGUUCAACGGUGAUAUUCCUCAACCCAGAGGACGAGGUGUGGCUGGAGAUCUUCUUUAAGGACCAGAACGGUCUGUUUUCGGAUCCGAGCUGGGCUGACAGCCUCUUUUCAGGGUUUCUGCUCUAUGCAGAUACUAGUUACCUGGAUGCACUAUCAGAGGACUAUUCUUAAAUCACUGUAAGGAUUAAAUAUAUUUUAUUAAGAUGAAGGACUCUACGGGCUCGGACUAAAAUUUUAUUUUUAACAUAAACAAAUGAUAACAAAAGGGAGAUAUUAACUUAUGUGAUGAUCGCAAACGAUACAUAGGUCUUCAUUUUUGACCAUUUAUUACUAUUUUGAACAAAUAGAUGUAUUUCAAGCAGUUUUAUUCUGCAUGUCAGUGGACUACCAAAUCCUCCUGGGCCCGGGACAAGUUCCCCGGUUGUCUCCUGUGACGGUGGUGCGGACCCUUGAUGUGUAUAUAGUGCCAGGUUAAUAUUUCCAGUACACAUUUUCUUACAAAAACAAAUCUUUAUGGACAGAAAGGCAUGUCAAAUGAGCCACUGGCCUAAAGAGUCCUGUUUAUACUCGCAGAAAAUAAAUGUAUAAGGCCAUUUUCUCUUUCUCAUGAUCGUUUUUUUUCUGGAAUCUGCAUUUUCUGUCCAAUAAAAAUACUACAGGUGUG